AUGCAACGUGAGCGUGAAUGCAAGGUGUUCCUUAUCCAGCAUGCAUUUCCCAGUAUCACGUAUCAAGAAGCUGAUGUCAUGCUCAUGGAUUGUGGAUUCAAAGAGGAUGAAGUGAUCCAUCGAUUAUCGACUCGACCUGAUUAUCUCGAUGGUAUUCGACGCAUUCUUGGAUCAUUUGAACAAUCACCAUCAACAAUGACCACAAUGGAGGAUUCUACUAUCAAUGCAACAACUUCCAUUUCAAAUUCAUCACGAGCCAUGACACCACCCACACCUAUUCCAAAACAAUCACCAAGAUCAAAGUAUACCAUGAAAUCAAAAAAGAAGGACAACCAUCACAUUCAUGCCGAAAAGACCCCAUCGACUCGUAUGGCUGGUGGACGUUUGGCGUUGGAUGAUGCUCUUCGACAAAUUCAAAGCUCGAAUUCUCCUGACAAGGCAUACGAAGGCUGGUCACAAGCUCGUAUUCGUGCUUUCCAAAUGAUCAAUGAAAAUCCAAACAGCUAUUACUAUCGAUUCAACGCGCCUGGUGAAGAGCAACGAAAGGGUGCUUGGACACAAGAAGAACGAGAGCUUUUCUUUAAUCGACUCAAGGAAGUGGGCGCCAAUGGACAAUGGGGCAUUUUUUCGAUAGCCAUCCCUGGCAGAGUGGGAUACCAGUGUUCAAACUAUUACCGAUUAUUGAUCCAAACGGGGCAAGUGCAUGAUCCCAACUACGUGGUGGAUGAUAAAGGCAAGGUGCAUUACUUGUUUGAAAAACGAAAUGCGGAUGGGGCUGUUCAAAAGACGUUUCGCACCCAUGCUCCACACCAAUUUGGAAAGAAAACAGCAACAACACCAACACCAACACCAAAGAAAAAGAAGAAAAAGGACGAUGGCGAUACAUCUGGUUCUUUCAGUGUUGGUAUAAGGAAGUCAUCUCGCCUUGCAGCAGCUGGCCGUGUCACUCGAAGCAGGCAGCAAGACUAG